AUGAUAAGAAACGGCGCUGUAACGCAGAACGUCCCCUUUGAAGAGGACGUGCCAAGUGGCACCGUUAUACGACAUCCGCCGCGAAGAAUUGUCACAACUGCACCAAGUACAACCCAUUGUCGUUUCCCCUUAUCACCAAAUGUCUAUAGGCAGAGCAGUUCUCCUUUGCAGUAUGCGGCUACUGAUCACACCCCAAAAGACCCUAGCACACUACGACAGAAUGUAUGCCUGAGCGACAUAGACACUGACGAAGGCUCUGACGGAAAUGAAGAUAAAGCUGUCUCAAAACCUAGACCUUUGAGAAUUGUCAAACGAGGUAUAACACGAGUUUCAUCACACCAACAUAUCCAGCUUCUCCUUCCAACUCUGGUUGAGUCCGAGAGGGCCGAAGAUCGUCAAGUUUCCAAUCAACUCCCAUCCAUGGUUCGGUCAGGACCUGUUCGACACGAGUCUCUUAGACAGGAAGCUAAUAGCGAAGAGAUCCGACAGAAUUCUGAGCAUAGAAUCAUUGCUGUUCGUCAAUACCUACCAAGUGCUUCGGCUUCAGUACCAAGGGAUCUUGAGGACAGGCAGGGGUUUCCAGUCGUUACUGCCGCCUGGAACGAGUCCCAAUGCAGUAUACAUGAUGCAUUCAAGUCAUACCACAUACCCGAAGGCAGCACAAAGGUAACUAUGCUGUACUGGAACAACGCCCUCAAUUGGAUAGGAAACAACUUACACUCAUUUUCGUUGGUGGAACCUGCGUCGAGACAAUAUCUGAAUGAAGAAAAGUUGAACGAUGCCGAAGUCAAUUGCAGAAGAAUGUCAAAAUUCUGGAACACAAAGCUGGACGGAUUUGUGAAACGACUACAACAAGUCCUAGAGUACCUAGAACUGCCAGAGUUGGAAACUCGGCAGUCUCUACAUGAAGAGCAUCAAAAGUGGCAACAUGCUAAACCCACCCUCGAAGAGAUGUGCUCUGAUACAACUUGUUUAAGCACAUGUUUUCAGUCAAUGUGGGAAUUCAUGGAAAAGAACCGGUGUAAAUGCCAAGUGCUCGAUAUACAUCACAGCUCCCGACUGUUCGAGAUCCUUGUCGACAUCAGUACAUUCACUAUGGAGGACCUCGAAAUGCUGCUGGAGAGAGUAUGGGGCAUAAUAGAGAUACUUCAGAAAAGCAGAAAGGUAGAAGAGUGGUUGCUUACAUACGCUGAGACAUCUAGCCCGAGAACAGAGAGGCACGUAUCGAGGGAACGUACUCUAGCAGUUGCGAAAGAAGAGCCUGAGGAGGAUGAUAAAGAUGAAAGACAUCAAGAAAAGGUCCAAAAAGAGAUACAGGAACUCUUGAACAUUGACAAUAAUUGUGGAUUGAAACGAAAACCAGCUGUCUCUUGCCGCCAAGGUGCGACGAGAGAACGUUUGAUUCUGCGCACAGAAGGCAUUGAUAGGAACGAAAUUCAACAGUUGUGGCAAGAGGUUACGGACGCGUUUUCGAAGCUCAUGCCUAAAGCACGAUUAGCCUUCAGAUCAAUACAGGAACCAGGGUUGCUGACUCCUGUCGAACUGCAUAGCCAAGCAGCUGAAGGUUUCAGCGCCACGAUGGAAAAUGCCCAGCUCAACAUCAUCAGAGAGUCUCGACAUGAUCGGCCACUCUCAUUUGUUCCAGGACUUGAAGUCAUCAAUACACCACUUCAGUCACCGUCUACAGUAGCACCAGCUACACCGUUAGCUACAAUGCCCAUGCCCCUAUUUCACAGCCGCGCAAGAAUGCGGCCAAAAACGAUACGUGGGGAAAGCCCGGUCCCGAUCACCAUCCUGGACUCCGGUAAAACUCAAAAAUGA